UGGCGCGUGGCUCAAAGCCUGGCGGGCAGUGUUCGUGGCAGCAUGAGGCCCCAACUCGCCGUGCUCCCCUUCCUGGCGCUGAGCGUCGCGGCCGUCUCCAUGGACCAAGAGGCCAGCCGCCAGGUGGAGGAGGUGAUAAAGAACGACAACUUCGUGUUGAGCAUGAAACACAUCAAACCAAGGCGCAGACUGCGAGGCAGCGUGGAAACCUUGUUUGCUGUGGACUUCCCCGGCUCCCAGCAGAAGUUUGUUCUUAUGCUGGACAGAAGAUCCAAGAGGGUGAUUGUGGAAACAGUGGAGAACGGACGCACUAGAGCGCAGCACUAUACAGUGGACACUCUGUCCGAAGUGACAAUAGUGCGCUCUCUCGUACUGGCAGUGAACCAGAAGCAGCCUGGCGCUCACGUCACGCUGUACGUGGAUUGUGUGUCACAAGGAAUGGUGGCCACCCCACGCGCCAUGCGUGACAUGUUCCAGAAAAUGGCCACCCCUCGCCUCCAAGUGUUCCGGGAGAGGCGCUACGUGCUGGAAGUGGACUCUGGGAGCCUGGGCAGCGUUCUCAACCGCAACAAUUGCCCUUCGCAGCAGUUGCAGCAGAUGCAAGCAAUUGAACCUGUUGUUGCGUCCAACGAAAUAAACGGUAUCCGGAGAGGUGAUAUUCCAGUUAUCCACGAUUGUGACGAAAGAGAUAAUCUCGUCAUCAAAACACUUAAUGAUCUCAUCAUUGCCCUGAAGAAGCUCAAGGAAGAAGUUGCAAGCCAGCGUUCUGAGAUCCAUUACCUCCGUGAACUUCUAGAACAGUGUGAACUAUGUGCUCCAGCUCCACCGAAGGUAACGUGUCAAAGCAACCCAUCACCCUGCUUCCCGGGGGCUGAAUGCCAGGAUACGGCUGAUGGCCCUCGAUGCGGUCAGUGUCCGAGGGGUUAUGUUGGUGAUGGACGUCAUUGCAAGCCUGGUCGUACCUGCCAGGAAAGGCCAUGUUUUCAUGGUGUGAGGUGCUACGAUACUGUGGAAGGCUUCCAGUGUGGUCCCUGUCCCAGUGGGUAUGUUGGUGACGGACAGAGGUGCAAACCCCGCAGUGGCUGCGAAAAUAACCCAUGUUCGCCCGGUGUGCAGUGUGGCCCGACGGAGGAUCCCCCAUACUUCCGCUGUGGUUCAUGUCCCCCGGGAGCCACAGGAAAUGGAACCUCUUGUCAUGACUUGGAUGAGUGUGAUUUAGCAGAGCCGUGCGAUCCACGGGUUCGAUGCACGAACCUGAACCCAGGCUUUCGUUGUGACCCGUGCCCCCCUGGGUUCACAGGCAGUCCUGGAGUGGAGGGGAUUGGUCUGGAAGAGGCGUACUACAAGAGACAGCAGUGUUAUGAUAUCGACGAGUGUAAUGAUGGCAGGAACGGAGGCUGCGCCCGAAAUUCCAUCUGCAAUAAUGUUGAGGGCUCCUAUUUGUGUGGGGAGUGCCAAAAGGGUUAUGUGGGUGACCAGUCAAUGGGCUGCCACAACUCCCCAGGUCUCUGUCCUGAUGGCACACGCUGCGAUACCAAUGCCCACUGUCUCCUCAAGGGUACACGAUAUUCCUGUGAGUGUAAAAUUGGCUGGGCAGGAGAUGGCCACGUGUGCGGACCUGACCGUGACUUGGACGGCUGGCCAGACUAUGACCUAGGUUGUGCCGAUGCAAAGUGUCGGAAGGACAACUGUGUGGGGAUACCAAACUCAGGACAGGAGGAUGCUGACAAGGACGGCAUUGGAGACAUUUGUGACUCAGAUGCAGACAACGAUGGAAUACCCAACAGUCCAGACAACUGUCCACUGAUUCCAAACCCUGAUCAGUCGGACACAGACCAGGAUGGAGCUGAUAAGCAGGGGGAUGCUUGUGACAACUGUCCGACCAUCCCCAACUUUGACCAGGAAGAUGUUGACAAAGACGGCAAGGGAGAUGCUUGUGAUGAUGACAUGGAUGAUGAUGGAAUUCCUAAUCACCUGGACAACUGUCCCAAGAAGAGGAAUCCUGAUCAGCGGGACACCGACAGGGAUGGGCUGGGAGACAUGUGCGAUAACUGUGUCCAUAUCCCGAAUGCGAACCAGGUUGACUCUGACAAUGAUCUUGUAGGCGAUGCAUGUGACAGCAACAUUGACAGAGACAAGGAUGGCGUGGAGGACCGCGAGGACAACUGUCCAAAUAAUGCAAACAGUGACCAGGUAGACACAGACAAUGAUGGAGAAGGAGAUGAGUGUGACAAGGAUAAGGAUAAUGAUGGGAUUGUAAACAACCACGACAACUGUCCCCUUGUGUACAAUCCAUACCAAGAGGACAUAGACAAUGAUGGGAUAGGUGAAGCCUGCAAGCAUGAUUUCGAUAAUGACACGGUGCCUGACUACCUGGACAACUGCCCCAACAACUCAAAGAUCUUCUCCACAGACUUCAGGACGUACCAAACGGUUGUGCUGGAUCCUGAAGGAGACUCCCAGAUUGAUCCUAACUGGGUUAUAUACAACAAGGGAGCUGAGAUCGUUCAGACGAUGAAUAGUGACCCAGGACUUGCUGUUGGAUAUGAUAAGUUUGGAGGAGUGGAUUUUGAAGGAACAUUCUUCGUUGAUACGGAGAUAGAUGAUGAUUAUGUUGGCUUCAUAUUCAGUUACCAGGACAACCACAAGUUCUACACAGUCAUGUGGAAGAAGAACACGCAGACCUACUGGCAAGCAACGCCAUUCCGAGCUGUGGCUGAACCAGGCAUUCAGCUGAAGCUGGUUUAUUCAAACACGGGUCCAGGCCAGAUGCUGCGCAACUCCCUGUGGCACACUGGUGACACCGAGAACCAGGUGAAACUUUUGUGGAAGGACCCCAGAAAUGUGGGUUGGAAGGAGAAAGUGGCAUACAGAUGGCUUCUGCUCCACCGACCCAAGAUUGGACUAAUCCGUCUAAGAAUAUUUGAGGGCGAGAGCAUGGUGGCUGAUUCAGGCAAUAUUUAUGACUCAUCGCUGAAGGGAGGACGACUUGGAGUGUUCUGCUUCUCACAGGAGAUGAUCAUCUGGUCAGAUCUGGUAUACAGGUGUAAUGAUCAUGUGCCAGAGGCAAUCCAUCGUGAGCUGCCAUCACGACUGCAAUCAGAAGUGUUAAUCGACUUGAGCAGGCCCCCACACCCCCAAACAUAAAACAAUGAGAUAAAUAACAGAAGUAUCUGCCUCCCUCUUUGCAACAUAAACAUGCUAGAUGUGGGGGUCUUCAGAGCUCAAAGGACUGAUACAUUUUGGUAAAUGUCUCUCCAUCAACAAAAAUUGCUGUUCAGAGAAACCUGUCAUUGAAUCAUAUUCCUUUUCCUUCACUGCUGUAAUUCUCAGUUCCUGGUCAAAAUAGGGCAUUAAACUAUCUGAGUUUUAGUUUUAUAAAGCCCUAUACAACAGUCCUAAUGAUCUUUGGAAUAUAAAUCUUCAUGAAAUGAAGAAGGUGGAAAAUUUUAAAUGCUUAGGAAGUAAAAGUUACAGGUGGAUGAGUACAAGAACUCAUGAAAGAAUUAAAAGUUCAGAAAACUUUUACCAAUUAGUAGCAGAUAUACUUUGGAAAUGGAAAAUUACAACGGCAGGAAAAAUUUGUUUAUUUAAAAAUUAGUACAUGCCUACAUUAACAUACGGAGUAGAAACAGAGAUACGAGUAUAAACUAAGAGCAACUGAGAUGAGAUUGUUAAGAAGUGUUAUGGAAAAACCAUGAAAGAGAAUGACUAAUGGAAAAAUUAGAAAAUUUGAGAAUAAAUUAAUAAAUAACACAGUAAGAUGGUGUGAUCACUUUUUAAGAAUCAAUGAAGAGAGAAUCCUGAAGAUGUUGAACAUGUGACUGGAAGCAAAAUGUUCCCAGGAAAACCAAGACCAAGAUGGGAACAGAUUAGGAGAGAUGUUGCACACAAGAAAAGAGGGGGAGAUGAUUUGAGAAGUGACAGAUGUGGAGGCUUGACUGGUAGAUGGUUCACAUAAAAGUGAAAUGUCAAAGGAAGAAGAAAUUAUUUCAGACUGUCAUUUAACCCUUAUCUAGCCAUGACCCAGCUUUCAGUCGGCUGGCCAACACAGCAAUUUGUUAGUCAAGAUUAAUAAUUUUCUGCUUUUGUGUAUGAGAUUAGUGUAAAGCCUGUUCAAGUUUGAACAUAAAUAGCUGAAAACAAACUUUGUCCAAAGUACUUACCCUCGGUAACUUGAGAAGUUCUGAAAGGAGCUAAGAUACUAAUAUUAAUAAAAUAACAAAGUGCAGUAUGCUGGUAUCUAGAAGAGUUUUGUUCUGGAAAGGUGGGCACCAUAAUACUAACUCAAGCAUUCAGUGCUGGCAUAUUCUGCUCCUGUUUGUAACUGUCUGCUUACAUAACAUCAGAAUUAAGACAGGAGCAAGGCUUAGUCUCUUAUAUAUAUAUAUAUAGGAAUAGAGUGACAUAUGAAAGCCAUGUACAAUGUGAGGUUUUUUGAUUUAUAUAAUAUUGCCAAUUCCAUGUAAUUAUGAGGUCGUUUGUAGCUUUAUGUAUGUAUAAUGUUGUAUUGUGCGCUGUUCAACAUUUCAAGGACUUAAAAGAGUGCUAAAAACCAAAACUGGCAAUGGUGGCUAAUAAAGAUGAACUUGGUUUUGAAAGUCUUAGAAACAUCAGA